UCAGAGAGAGAGACAGGGAGAGCGAGAGAGAUUUUUUCUCCAGACACAGAGGGAUAGAGAGGGAGGGAGAGAGAGAUGGCAUCUCAGCAUCAAGAAGAUCAAUGGAGCAGCAAUUUGGAGACGGGGAAGGCGGAGAAAUCUGUGUGGUUGAUGAAGUGCCCGCUCGUGGUGUCCCAGUCAUGGCAGGCCCAGGCUCGGGCGCACACCUCUGACUCCUCUCACCUUCCCCCCCUCGCUAAGGUCGUCCUCUCCGUCGAUCCCCUCCGCCCCGAAGACUCUUCUUCCGUUCAGUUCACUAUGGAAUUGGCUGGCAAUGAGGGUGGCAAUAUGCCCAAGACUUACUCCCUGAAUAUGUUUAAAGACUUUGUUCCAAUGUAUGUUUUUGCGGAGACAAAUCAAGGAAAAGUUUCAAUGGAAGGAAAAGUGGAACAUAAGUUUGACAUGAAGCCCCACAAUGAAAAUAUUGAGGAGUAUGGCAAAUUGUGUCGUGAGCGGACAAACAAAUCUAUGAUUAAAAGUAGACAAGUGCAGGUGAUCGACAAUGAUCGCGGAGCGCACAUGAGGCCUAUGCCUGGAAUGGUUGGCUUACUCCCAUCCAAUUCUAAGGAUAAGAAGAAAACCACACCGAUGAAGGGAUCGGACAUGAAAAGAACAAGAAGGGACCGUGGAGAAUUGUUGGAUAUUAUGUUUAAGCUCUUUGAAAGGCAACCAAAUUGGGCAUUGAAGCAACUGGUGCAAGAGACGGAUCAACCUGCACAAUUCCUCAAAGAGAUACUUAACGAACUAUGCGUUUACAACAAGAGGGGAGCUAAUCAGGGAACCUAUGAGCUUAAGCCAGAAUAUAAGAAGUCUGGCGAAGAAGCUGAUGCUGAGUAAAAAGAUCAUAAUCCAUUUGCCACUGCUGCCCCCAAAAGAGGUCUGCCUCGAGGAAGCAGAUUUCUGGUAACGUCACCAGGGAUAUCCCUGCUGAUUUGGUCACAAGGCAACCUGCUUCCCUGGCUCAAACACCUGUUUCGUCUGCCCAUGUGGUUUAUUGCGAUGGAAUAGUAGUAAUCAUGCCGAUACAGUAUAGUUUUCAAUUCAACAAAAUUGACUGAAUGAUAAGGAGAGGCGUGUCUUUUCUGUCAGUUUGUACUCCAUCUGCAUGAGCCAUGCAUGCUGGCUUCUGUAUAGCCAGAUGCCAUUACCUUCUUAACUCCACUUGUAGCUAAUCUUCAAUGGAGAGACAUGGCAAGGCCCCCACCACCAAUGUAGAUGCUGUAGAAAUACAAAAAGAAAAUGAAUCUUCUUAAUGGAUUAAGCAAUUGAACAU